AUGGAACCCAGUUCUAUUCCAAAUGUAACAAAUGGAGAAUUCUAUGAUGCUGAGCAGUUUCACAGUUUUCUAGAAAAUGGGCAAUGCUCUGAAGGAACAAUCCCAAUUAGACAUGCAAGAGAAGAUGAAUAUUAUGCAACUCGUGUUAUACCCCCAACUGCACAUCAAGAAAAGCUUAAUUUUCGCCUUGGUAAUGAAACGAAUGGCCAUGAGGCUGAUGAAUACAAAACAACUGGGUGCUACAAUAUCGACUGUCCUGGUUUCGUGGAAGUAAACCAUAGAAUUGCUCUUGGUUCUGCCUUAAACCAUAUUUCAAGCCACAAGGGGAGCCAAUGCUCAGUAGAGAUAAGCAUAAACAAGGUAAUAUUAUGCGCAUUGAAAGAUGAAGUACUUGGAUAUUGGCCUAGCUCCAUCAUCAAAGAAUUAGAAGUUAGUGCUACCUCAAUUAAUUGGGGUGGAGAGAUUUAUGACUCAGGGCAACAGGAUCAUCACACAACAACUCAAAUGGGGAGUGGAAAUUUUCCGAGUGAUAGUCUUGGAACAAGUUAUUUUUGCUAUAUUCAAUACAUGGAUGACAAAGGAUAUUUCGUUGACCCUGAUAUUAACCCUAAUUUGCUUGGGGGACUAAUACCAUUUGAAUCAAAAUCUACAUGCUAUAAUAUAGAAAUAAAGCAACAUCAGAAUGAAAACUAUAGAACCCAUUUCUAUUUUGGAGGUCCUGGGUAUUCAGCAAUAUGUCCUUAA